AUGUGUCAAAGAUUAUUAACUUUUUUGGAUGACUGGAUUUUGGAACCUUUAUUAACGUUGCGAAGGUUAGCACAUAUAAUUAUUUUGUUUACUCCAGUCAUUGCUACAACGCCUAUAAUAUUCUUGGGCGCAAAAGCGAAUGGAACUGAAGAGCGAUCAGGAACACUUUGGUGGUACGAUUUUUUAGCAAAACAAAUGGAAAGAGCAGGCCCCACAUUUAUUAAGUUAGCACAAUGGAUUGCUUCACGUACAGAUCUUUUCCCGUUAUCAUUAUGCUAUCGUCUAUCCAAGUUACACUCACAUGUAGACCCUCAUUCUUUCAAAUAUACACAAAAGGUGAUUGAGGAAGCGUUUGGUAGGCAGUUAGAUCAAGUAUUUUUGAAACUUGAGCCAAAGCCAUUAGGUGUUGGAGCUAUUGCUCAAGUUUAUAAGGCUACACUAAGAUCCAAUAUUUUACCGGAUUAUGAGAGUCGGGAAGUAGCCAUUAAGGUGCUUCAUCCUAAAGCACGACAUAUCGUACAGCGUGACCUAACUAUUAUGGAAUAUGGAGCCAAAUUAAUUACUCUGAUACCUACCAUGCAAUGGCUUUCCUUGCCUGAUGAAGUUCGUGUGUUUGGUGAGAUGAUGAUGGAACAAUUAGACCUUCGAGGAGAAGCUCAUAAUCUAUGUCGCUUUAACGACUAUUUUCAAAAUGAUCGUAAUGUGAAAGUGCCCAAGCCUUAUCGGCAAUUUUCUACACGUGAUAUGCUGAUUGAAGAAUAUGAGAGAUCAAUUCCAUUGGAUCUGUUUUUAAAGCAAGCAAGCUAUGCAAGACAACAUGAAUUGGAGCCUGUAUUUGCAAAAAAAUUGGCUGAUAUAGGGCUUAAUGCCUUCUUGCAUAUGCUGAUUUUUUUUAAUUUUGUACAUGCAGAUUUACAUCCAGGUAAUAUCAUGGUUGAAUUUUAUAAGCCUUCCGUUUAUCAUCCACUACGAUCGAGUUGGUCCAAAUGGAUGGGUCAUGAAUUAAAAGAUGAAGGUGAAACAGCUGUUAAUCGUAUUCUUCGUGUCCAACACGAUCCAGUGGCCAUUCAACAAGAACUUGAACAACUUGAACAGGAAGGAUAUGCUCCUCGCCUUGUCUUUAUCGAUACAGGACUUGUCAAUGAGCUAAAUGAAGUGAAUCGUCGCAACUUUCUAGAUUUGUUUCAAGCUAUAGCUCAUUUUGAUGGCUAUAGAGCAGGGGAACUUAUGGUUGAGCGUUGUCGAUCCCCCGAGGUUGUGAUUCAACCAGAUGUAUUUGCCUUACGUAUGCAAAAUCUUAUUUUAGGGCUUAAACAAAGUACAUUUCAUUUAGGAACAGUCAAAAUUGGCAAUUUGUUACACGAAACGAUGAAUAUGGUGCGUUCACAUCAUGUUAAGAUGGAAGGAGACUUUAUCAAUGUUGUAGUUAGCAUUAUGUUACUUGAAGGAAUUGGAAGACAAUUGAAUCCAGAUUUGGAUUUAUUAAAGAAUGCAUUGCCUGUUUUAAGAGAUUACAGUUUGAAGGAAGGAAGAAAGGUAGCAAUGGAAGACCCUAAGGCGCCUUGGUUAAAAGUAUGGAUUUUCCUUGAACUUAGAGCUUAUCUUGGUCGUAAUAGUCGUGAUGAAGAAUGGUUAAAAUUAUGGUAA